CUCAUAAGUGUAUACUAAAGUCAUAUUAAAUGUUGCAGACGACAGGAUCGACAAGCCACUCGGAUAGUCUGAUCAGAUCAUGUCUAUCCUUGGUUUAGAAGCACCAACAUGGCUGCUUAUUCUAUUCGUUAUAAUCCUACUGUAUGUGUACGGAAUGUGGGGCUUUUCGUACUGGAAGGAUCGAGGCAUUUCUGGACCAAAACCACUACCUUUUGUCGGCAAUGGACUUGACGUAUUUUUUAAAACAGGGAUGCAUCAAAGCCAACUGAAGUACAUAUUAGAACAUGGUCCUAUUGUUGGUUAUUUUGAGGGACGAAAACCACAGAUCAUUAUAGGAGACCUGGACACGCUCCGACAGAUACUCAUCAAGGAUUUUAAUUAUUUCCAAGAUCAUAGAAGGGUUAGUGACUUGGAUUUUAAGCCUCUUGACAAGGGGCUCACGCAAUUAGAAGGUCAUGAGUGGAAGAGAAUUCGAAAUACAGUGACGCCAACGUUCAGCUCUGGCAAGCUUAAGAUAAUGGUACCAUUGAUCAAUAAUGCCUGUAAAACACUUCUUGGUAGGAUCAAUGACCUCAUAAAAUCAAAAGAUGAUAUCAACGUGAAAGACAUGUAUGGUUGUUUGAUGAUGGAUGUUGUUGCAAGCACGAAUUUUGGUCUGCAACUAGAUUCUGUAAAAAAUCCAGAAAAUCCAUUUAUAAAAAACAUAAAGAACAUUCUUUCCGGCGGACGGCUUUGGUUGUUCGCGGUUGCAGUAAUGUUACCGGUAGUAGGAAAGCUUUUUAGAUUACUUGGCGUUGGACUCUUCGAUCCGAAAUCAGUUAAUUUCUUCACAGACGUCACAGAUCAGGUUGUGAAGGAAAGAAAAAGUGAUCCAAAUAAUGAGAGAGUGGAUUUCAUCAGAUUGAUGAUUGAUGCUCAUGAUAUGGAGAUUGCGAAAGAAGAAGAUGGACUCAAAAUCCAUUUCGAUGAUGAGGAUACAGAGCGUACACCAACGAAAAAACCGCUGUCAACUGAAGAAAUGAUGGCACAGGCUGUGUUGUUCAUAGUAGCCGGUUACGACACCACCAGUACUCUAUUGAGCUUUAUCUCUUACUUGAUGGCCCUUCAUCCUGACAUCCAAGACAAGCUCGUCCAUCACAUCGAAGAGGUCAUGGAAGGUCAAGAUUCAGUAACGUAUGAAGCUAUCACUAAAAUGUAUUAUCUAGAUCAGAUAAUCCAUGAGACUCUACGGUUGUAUCCAUCAGCCCCAUCAACAGACAGGUUGUGUACGUCUACCUGGACUCACGAUGGUUUGACGAUUGAAAAGGGUGUCGGAGUAAUUGUUCCAAUCUGGGCAAUUCAUCACAACCCUAACGUCUGGUCUGAUCCAGAAAGGUUUGAUCCAGAUAGGUUCAGCAAAGAGAACAAAGAGAAGCACCAUCCAAUGGCCUGGAUCCCGUUUGGACAUGGACCUCGCAACUGUGUUGGUAUGCGAUUCGCUCUAACAACGGUUAAAAUUGCAGUCGUUCACAUCUUCAGAAAGUAUCGAGCUGUUCCCGUAAAGAGUACCCCGAUACCAAUCGUAUCCAAAGUUCUUGGUCAAGUUAUUCCGAAGGAUGGGAUUCCUCUAGGUUUUGAGAAGAGGGAGUAAGUCUGAAAUGAGUUCGUCGUACCUCUUUAAGGAGAUAUAAAUUAACAUUAUUAAACUAAUUAAUAAUAUAAGCUGAUAAACUGAAUUAAUUGGCCAAUCAAUUGAGCAUUAAUAUAUUUGCGGGGUUUUUUUUUUUUUCUCUCAAAGAAUUCAGCAGGUUUGCUGUUUCCUUGUGUUGAUUUCGCCUAGUUUAUUUUUAGGUGCCUGUAAAAAAUAUGUUAACGUAAUCAGCCUGUCAUAUCGAAUACUUCAAACCUGCGGUGUGGUGUCUAUUAGAUCGCACGUCGAGUUAUUUGGUCAUAUAAACGCCGAUGUAAUAUGUCUUCCUUUUUGUAUGUAGAUUAAAAAUCUAGAAAACACAUUACACUAUGAAGAUUAGGCCCGGGAUUUAUCAAUCUCAGCUAAGCAAAUAUCUUAAAGCAGACUUAGCAAUGUAAAGGACUUAAGAGUGACGAACUUAAGAUUUUUUGCUUAGCAGGUUUGAUAAAUUCGGCUCCGGAUAUUAUUUAAUUACACUCUACCAGAAAGGACCGUAGGCCUACUAAACACGUUAAGGUUUAUAAUGUAGGCCUAUUAAUCAGUCAACUAUUACGAUGAAUUGAUUAUGGAAUCGAGUUUCCCAAGGCUAACCGCAGUACGGUUAAUCGUUUUAUAAAUUUUAAUAACGGAUGCAAAAACAUCAUGAAAAGUGUACAUAACCUAAGCCUAUACACCAUAUAACAUAAGCUUCCAUGGUACUACUUUUGCUAUUCAAAACACUAAACGUUGUAGACAAUCUUUUGUUCAUAAUUCCAUUCAUGUCUUCAAUAAACAUUUCAGUAGAUAGUCAUUUCUGGAAAUGUUGCUGUCUCUUAUUGGUGGGUGGGGACUUUUCAGGAGAUAUGGACACACUGUGAUCCACCGGCAGACAGUUAGCUGUUUUCUGUCUCUGUGACUACCAGACUAUUUUCUAGUUUCUGGCUGUUUUUGCAGAUUCAGGGCAGCGCUGUCCCCUAUUCCUGUAGCCGGAGGGUCAUGGUGAUAUCUUUCCUGAUCCUGACUCCACACCCACCAAUAAGAUUCAAUAAGAUUCAAUAAGAUUCAUUAAGAUUCAAUAAAUUCAAUACGAUUCAUUAGAUUUAAGUUAUUUGAAUAUGUCUCUUUGGAGUUCUUUGUUAGUUUACUUUUUUCUUUAUUCCUCUCAAUCACUUGAAUUUCAUUUGUACCCUGUUUUUUGUCACGUAUGUUGUUAUCAUUAGGCCGGCUAUAACGCCGAAAACCUGGUAUCAAACCUUUGAAACUUGUAUCUUUCAUGUUAGAUAGAGUAGACAAUAACACACAUCCAUAAAAAAAUGAUUGUUUUAGGACUUGUGACAAUAUUAAGUUUCUCCCGCCACAGGCCUAUUUUUCAGCCGGCCGCUGGGUCUCCUAAACGUUAGGCGUACCACACCUUAACUUUUUAUUUACCUUGACAAAGAACUCAAAUUUACUCGGGAGAUCGCUAAAAACACAGAAUCUUAUCUCCUGCGUAAUACAUUAGUUGCAUUAUAUUGAAAAAGGCCAAUUUCCCGUCAAAAAAAAAAGUGCUCGGAAAUUGACUUAUAAUAUUCGAAUAUGGAUAGACGGAUUUUCUGGCUCAAAGUUUUGCGGGGGAUUAUAUUCCAUGUGGAGGCUUAAUUUUGUAGCCUGGUAGUAUUACAAGUCGGUUCAUAUCUCUUCGAUAUGACGCGUUUGAGUAAUAAUAAAUCCAACAUCACCCGGGUUUAUGAACAUAGCUAUGUUUUAUACAUUUCCUUAAUCUGGUUGGCAAAGUGCCAUUUUUGACCAUUGUUUAGUUGGUGGAUACAAUAUACAGUUGGCUUAGAUUAUUACUGUAUUUUAAUUAUUUUUUACACAGAAGGCCAUAAUAUUGAGAUAGGGGCCUUCCAAUAAAGCCCUGUCCAUGUCAUGCCUAAAUACUGUCAUGAUGACAUCACAUCAAGACCACAGGCACGUGGGCAUACAAUAGUUUCUUUGUCAAAGAACAUUUGAUAGUGUGGACAGAGUAUUAGAUAUUAUCAAUUGAUUUAAAAGAAAUGUAAAAUGAUCCAGAAGAUCAAAGACUAACAAGGAUCUGACAAUGGAAGUUGUAUUUUAAACAGGCAACGCAUUUUGAUGAUAAUGGUUGAUUAAUGUAGGCCUAUAAUACGUUGAAGUCACAAUGUAAUGUAAUAUACUGGGUUUGAUAAAAAUAAUUAAUUUAAUUUUUAAUUAAUUUUUCAGUAGUUGAUAGGUACUUACAGAUAUGCUAGUUGCCAAAGGCCUUGGAAACUUUCAGCUAAUAAAACUGGCAACUGAUUAUGAGAGAGGUCCAUAUAUUAUACAAGAAACAAGACAUUAAUUUAGUAGUAAAAUAUUGUUAAUUUUAAAAUUCUCUUGACAAUAUGCUAGAUUGAUUGUAAUUAUAUAUAUACUGUAUUUACCAAAUAAAAUACAUUGCAUCAA